AUGAAGUCACCAAUUCCCGACUACCUGAAUCGCGUGCUCGACCAUGCCCGUCCAGAUGACUCCGGUGCUCCGGCAGGCUACAUUGACGUGCUCGCACGAGCCGACACAUCUCGGCUUGCGGUAGCUAUCGCCAUGGUGGAUGGCACGGUGUACAGCGCAGGAGAUGACGAAGUCGAGUUCUCAAUCCAAUCCAUCUCUAAAGCGUUCGUGUAUGCCCUCGCCAUUGAGGAUGCGGGACUACAGGCCGUGCUGAAGAAGAUCGGAGUGGAGCCUUCAGGUGAUGCGUUCAACGAGCUAUCACUUCACAAAGAUAGCAAUCGUCCGAUGAAUCCAAUGAUCAAUGCCGGCGCCAUUACGGCCCACUCGCUGGUCGUCGGUCCCGAUGCGACUGCCGAACAGCGUACAGAUCGGAUUCUCAAGGUCAUGUCGAGACUGGCUGGCAGACAGCUCGCGGUAUGCGAGGAGGUCUACGAGGCUGAGCUCAAGGACUGGGACCGCAACAUGGGACUGGCUCACAUGCUAAAGGCGGCUGGCAUUAUUCGUUGCGAUCCCCGCGAAGCUGUGAAGGGCUACAUUCGCCAAUGCUCCAUCAAUGUCACUGUCCGAGAUCUCGCUCUCAUGGCUGCGACAUUGAGCAAUGCGGGCUAUCAACCGAUCACCAACGAACGAAUCUUUCCUCGCGACAGCGUGCGGCAGGUGUUGUCGGUCAUGACCACUUGCGGGAUGUACGAUGCCGCGGGUGAUUGGGUGUCUAAUGUUGGCAUUCCUGCCAAGAGUGGUGUGGCUGGAGGCAUUCUUGGUGCCCUACCUGGUCAAGUCGGUCUGGCCGCAUUCUCGCCUAAGCUCGACGAGAAGGGGAACAGCGUACGUGGGGUCAACAUAUGUGAGCAGCUUUCACGAGACAUGGGUCUCCAUAUGAUGGACGUCAGUCAGAUCGCUCGCUCUACUGUGAACACGGCCGUGGCCACGCUGAACACUGUCAACGACCAGCACCCGAAUAGCAAAUGCCGCGUUGCGAUUUUCCACCUGAGAGGAGCCGUCCGGUUCGCUGGCUCUGAGAUCUUGACGCGCACGUUGACGAGGAAUCUGGGAGCCCCGGAUGCCAACGAUCCAGGCUCGGGUGCAUAUGCGGAUGCCUGCGCCGUAGUGCUUUCCUUUCGCGAUGUCUUCUCUCUCAACAAAGUCGCGCGACGAGUGAUUCACGAGGAUAUCAACCGACUGCUUGCAGAUGAGCGAAGUGUCGUGGCAAUUGAUCCCUCCGGCGUUUUGAGAUGGGAUCCGGAGGGCAAGGAGAAGCAUCCCAAGAUUGUCCACAGUCAGGACGAGGCGAGAGAAUUCAUUGGCGGAGCAGGCUGCUCAGCAAAGGUGGAAGAGGACUGGUGA